CCCCCCCCCCGCGGCGGCUCUGCUGAGCAGCUCCGCUCGGACCUUUGCAAAUCGCCCGUCAUGGAAUGCGGUCAGCAGGCGGCGGCGGCGGCGGGGCACAGGCUCCCUACUUGGACGCUCUUUCUGGCUAUGUGUGCCGCUGGGAUUGGAGGGACCUUCCAGUAUGGGUACAAUGUCUCUGUGAUCAAUGCCCCCACGGAGCACAUCCACAAGUUCUUGAACGAGAGCUGGCAGAGGCGCUACCAAGCAGCCCUCAGCCCUGGCCUGCUGACCCUGCUCUGGUCCACGGUGGCGUCCAUCUUCUCCCUUGGGGGCCUGUUUGGGGCACACUUGGGAGGCAGCUUGGCCAUGCGCCUAGGGAGGAAAGGUGGCCUGUGGACAAACAACUUCGUCGCUCUCCUUGCCGCUCUCCUGAUGGGCCUUAGCUCCCCUACGGGGCUCUUUGAAUUACUCAUUGUUGGGAGAUUUUUGAUCGGCCUGAACACGGGCAUCGGCCUCUGCUUGCAGCCCCUCUACAUAGGAGAAGCCGCCCCCAAGCACCUCCGAGGUAUGAUGACCAUGGGCAGCUCCAUCUUCCUGACGGGGGGGAUUCUGACGGGACAGGUCAUUGGCUUAAGGGAGUUACUUGGUGGAGAAAAGUACUGGCCUUUCCUGCUGUCAAGCUGCUGCUUCCCAGCCCUUUUCCAGCUCUUGGCCCUUCCCUGGUUUCCAGAAAGCCCCCGGUAUCUCUUCAUUGACAGAGGGGAUGAGAGGAAAAGCAUCCAAGCCCUGAAGCGCUUCCAUGGCCCUCUGCAAUACCAGAUGGAACUGGAGGACAUUCGGCAAGAGCGUGUUGCCCUUGGGGGCGAGAAGCCCAAGAAACCCUGGGAACUCUUCACGGACCGCAGCCUCAGGUGGCAGCUCAUCACCAUCUUUCUCAUGCCAAUGGGCCAGCAGCUGAGUGGGAUCAAUGCGAUUUACUUCUAUGCCAGUUAUGUUUUCACGGAAGCCGGCAUCCCCUCCGCCAAGAUCCCCUAUGUGACUCUGGGGACGGGGGCCUGCGAGUGCCUCACUGCCCUCACUUGUGGCCUGCUGAUUGAGUCCAUGGGGAGGAGGAGGCUGAUCCUGGGGGGCUACUCCCUGAUGACGGUUUGGUGCGUCGUGUUGACCUGCUCGCUGACCUACAAGAUGUACGCUUGGGCACCGUAUCUGAGCAUGGCUUCGAUAUUUGCUUUCAUCCUAAGCUUUGGGCUCGGACCAGGUGGAGUGACAAACAUUUUGACUGCAGAACUGUUCACUCAGUCUUCGCGCCCAGCUGCUUACAUGAUCGCAGGCUCUAUGAGCUGGCUGAGCUUCUUCACCGUUGGAAUGCUGUUCCCCUUUAUAGUGAAAGGUCUCAAACAGUAUUGCUUUCUUGUGUUUCUGGUGGAAUGCAGCUUGGUUGCCAUUUUCAUCUUCUUUGUUAUUCCCGAGACAAAAAAUAAAACCUUUCUGGAAAUUAAGAGAGAAUUUCACAAGCUCAACUUUGGCAGAAAGAUGGAAGAGCGCAAGGGAGAACUAUGCGAGAGGCGGCACCUCAGCUGUGAGUUCUAGAGGGGGAUGGUGGGCACAGCCCGGAAAUGGAGCCCUCAGAGAGCCUGCUGCGGAGGGGGUGACGAGUCCUCCCUCAUGGGGAGCUCUGGUUCUGCACGCUUGGCUUUCCUCAGCAUGUUGUAGCCUGCACAAGGUCUCCGUUAAAUAAAAGGACAUGCAGCUCUUC